ACGGCAAAGCGCGACAAGCGGCGGCGGCGGCAAAUCGCCGAGCCAGCGAGGGUAGCGCGGAGGGUUUUAGCUUUCGACGACGUCGGCAGGAGACAGGCGCUCUUUCCACGGCACCGAUUAUCUCUCGAGCGAGAGAGGAUCGGCGCAACGCCUCCGAUCGUCCUUUCUCUCUUUCCUGUGUUUUCUUUGUGUUACUUCUAUAAUGUCGAGGUUCGUGGACGCUUCAGAACGUUCGUAGCGGAACGACGAUCGCCAGCUUGCCGGGACGGUGCGUGGACGCUAACGUCGCCGGAUUAACGUGCGCACGUUAACUACCGUGCUACAUUCGUUCACGCUGCGCGCGAACGAAUGUAGUUAGACGUUGUCAUCUCUGGUGCACCUGUGGGCUUCGACACCUCCGGAAAAAAAGAAAAAAAAAAUCUGCGGCGUUGAAGAGAAUCGCCGACUGCGGCGCGCGCCCUGCCGCUGCCAGUGGAUGCGUCGACGGCUGCGAAUCGGGAAGUCUCGCUCCAGUGGGUUUUAGCGAUCGGUAUUCGUCGGCUUCCUUGUGGACGACUAUCGGAGUACACGGUCACCGUGCGAGAGAACAUAAAGAAAUGCCGUGAGCGUGGAUUACUACGCCGACAGCUACUACUACUACUGCGACAGUAAUGUGUGUUUUGCGUGUGCCUAGUGAGUGAUGAUGAUCGCGGUGUCGCCGACGCGCUGCGGUCACUGUGCGACGGGAUGCAACGGCGGCCGGCGGCGGAGGACAUGGCAGCGUGCCGCGAUCCCUGCCGUGACGAUGCUGCUACUGUCACUCCUGCUCGAGCCGCUGAACGCAGCGCCGGAGCUCGUGCCAUUGACGAAAGAUGACAGCUCACCGACUUCGCUGCCGCCAUGCGACGUGGACGGAGCCGCUUCCAGGGACGUGACGCUCCUGAACGGGUCCGAAUUCGAGAUGACGUGCACUCUGACCAGGUGGACUCCCGGACAGAAAUACAAGAUGGCGAUCCUGCGUUCACGUGACCACCCGGUCCCGACGUCAGAGACGCGGCUGAACAACGCCACCAGCGUCACGUGGACGAGACCCCACGUCAGUGACGCCGACGCGGGCACCUACUACUGCCUCGUCAGGGGAGCCGCCUGCGAGUCGGUGUACAACGCCACAGGCCUCGUUGUCGGCUACUCUCCGCAGAUGCCUCCCAAACCUACGUGCUGGGGAGAAAAGUUUGAGACAUUCCAGUGUGACUGGGAGACCCCGGACAAUCGAAUCGAGACUCGGUACACGGUCAGCCUGCUAGUUGGGCCGAGAACUGCCUUCAGCCGUAUCGAGUGCAAGAAUUCCGUGGGCGUCAAGCCACGAAACCUAACUUGCCAGCUGAAGACAUCGGGAAAGCUCAUCUACAGGAUCGAAGAGGAAGUUCUCCGUUUCGAAAUCGUAGGAAGCAACAUGUUUGGUGCUAAGAAGUGGGAAUACAUCGUGGACCACUUCGCCAACGUUGUGCUUGAACCUCCGAGAGUGGUGUACUGCAACGCCAUGACGUUCAAUGCCAGCGUGAAAUGGACGGGACUGCCUCCCAUAUCGACUUUUCCGGACGUGGUCUACGAAGUGCGCGUGAAGCAUGACAAUGGCGAAGACAUCACGAUAUCGGUCCAGAACAGGCGCGUUGCCUCUGUGGAGAAGCUCAUACCGAACACCCGCUACGACAUUUCCGUGAGGGUCAAGUUCGCGAAGGCCGAGGACAAAGUGUGGAGUCCUUUCAGCCAUAGUCGCUACUGCAAGACCGGCAAAACGCGUAAGUCAUUGCUGCCCAAAGUUGCGGAAAACAGCUUCAUCAUCCAGGACCUCGAUGACCGCCGGAAAGUUCGACUCUAUUAUCAGCGAGUGCCCAGAUUCCUGUGGAACGGCGACCACAUGAGCUACGUGCUGCACUGGUGCAGCAGCAGUGGAGAGUGCGGGACGCACAGGGUGUCCGGCGAGCGCUCCUACGCGGACCUGUUCAACCUGAGCCGAGUGGAGAGCUACACUUUCCACCUGUACUCCGAGAACGAGCUGGGCCGCUCACACAGGAGCGUCCGCGUGCUCGUGCCCAGCGCCGAUCUGGUUCUGCCACCGGUGGAGCACGCCUACAUCAGCGAAGACAGAGACUCGCAGUCUCGCUUCUCGCUCGCUAAGUGGGAAGAGAGGAGGCCCGACCAAGUGCACCACUACACGCUGUUCUGGUGCCGCCAGGACAGCAAGGACGCCGAGUCCUGCGACGGCGACGUGUCCUGGGCGUCUGUCAAGUCGGCCGGGGACGCCCUGACGGCGGUGGGCUGCGCGUUCGCGGGACUGUGCCACUACGGCGUCGCCACGCGCUCGGCGCAGUCAGUGUCACCCAUGGUGUGGAUCGAGUGCGUCGUCCCGAGCAGCAAAGAGUACCAGAGCCUAUUCCAAGGGCAAGACACCGUGCACUACGACGAAAUCACGGACACGACGGUGCAGCUUGCGUUUCUCACGAAGUGUUCCGGCCUGGUAGCCAGCCGAGUAGUACGUGUAUGUGCCAUCCGAAGUCAGGAGGGGCCACAGCGCAACGAGACGUCGUCGUUGGAAGCUACAGCUCAUACGAACGCGAACAAUGUAACAGACGCUGAUUUGACGGAGUGUUUCGAGCACCUCGCGGGCCCCGAAAAGACGAUGCGGCUCUCCGGUCUCAAGCCAGCCACCACGUACCAAGCCGACGUGAAGACAACGCUCGAAGACGGUACAACAGUAAACCAUCGCCUGCUUAUCUUCAAGACUCAAGCCAAAUCAUCGGCCUUCAUCGCAACUUCGUUCAUCGUGCUGUACGUGGUGCUGGUCAUCGUCGCCGUUGUAGCUGUCCUCUCCUGGAAACGCAUAUCGGACUACAUAUCGGUAUACAAAAACACCCCCAUCAAGGUGCUAAUCCCUGCAGACUUCGUAAAGGAACCCAUCAAGAAAACCGAAAGCGUACGCUCGAACCUACGAGAGUAUGUGUUGGGAAGCAAGGACUGUCCCUAUGGAUUGCCACAGAUUGUACCAAGGGAAGCCCAAGAUGUCGAAGACAGCCUGCGGUGUCCAGAACUCGACUUCCUCAUCGACAAAGUGUGCCCCUGCGAUGCGAACGAAGUCGACGCCGCUGAGACAAGCUCUGAGCCUGUCAAGAGUUUCUCGAUUAACCAGCUGGCGGCCGGUUACUCUGUCCUGUCCACGACGCAGGAUGACCCACCAGUGUCGGACUCAAAUUCGGCCUACUCGAAGUUUUCCAGGUUCCAGGAAGCAUCUGAGGGCAUGAUGCCAAAGCCUUCCUUAUUGAACAACUACUCCAGGUUGUCUUCAAUGUUCCUGAGCGGAUGUGCACCCUCGGUAGCCGAGAAGAACGGCUACAGCAAAUUCGCAGCCUUUCUCGACAAACCAAGCACAGGCGACGGGAAAGAACCAGAUACCUCAAAGCCACCGGAUUGCUCCGUGCCCGUGGAAACGCCGAGCACGGCUCAGGCAUCGUCUUACGUCCAGGUUGGCGAGAAUGGCGUCACGGAGGUUGCUGACGUCGAAAGACCUAUGCAGCCUUACGCCAAACUGGGAUGCACGUCUUCGCUUCCGUCUGACACAGCCCCAUCUAGUCAAAGGCCCCCUCAGAAACCGGAAAACAGGGCUGCUGGGUACACCCCAUUUCCGUCGUUGCUAUCUAUGAGUACGCUCUCCGAAAGCCCACCGAAGACCUCUGCAAAACCAGCGUGUACCAACACACCGUGCCUUAAUGACAGAGCAGCUAGGCAGAGUGAUCCCAGCCAGCCUUACGCUCAAGCCAGCUUCAACGCGUGCCCGCAUGGGGACGUGCUUUCGGGAGACCCAGAAUGCGUGGGUCCUUACACAACUCUGAACAUGGACGUCUCUCUAAGAGAAGCGAAGGACGCCUUGCCGGGAGUUCACUGCGUGUCGCCCUACGUGAAGGCGUCGCAAGAGCCGUCGAGGACGUCACUCGGCAGCGACUCGUCGCAAGUGAAGAACGAUGAGCCUGCACCCGCUUACAGCAAGGUCGGCGCUCCAACGGCGCCGCCUCCUCAGGACUGUCCGGACUCUCGCGCGAAGGAGGGUCCAGCGGUCGCAGUGCGAACGCCUGUUCCAGAGAGCUGCUGCGACUUCGCCGUGCUGGCGCCGCUAGCUCGCCCUGAAGGCAGCGGCGUGGUCGGUGACCGCGACGAACUUAACGGAGAGUGGGGACAGUGCGCGGAGGAGGGCACCGACCUCUUCAGUGUCGAGUACUCGGUACCAACUGCCAAAGAAACCGUGAGCGCGAAACCUACGCUUCGCGGCGGAGGUUACACUGCGUGGGAAGCGCUGGCAAAGCCAAGAGAGGGCGACGGGGAAGCACGCGCGCACGCUGUAAGAACGCCUGAUUGGGGGGAACACUUUAGCUCAGGGGUCUCAAACACGCGGCCCGGCCCGCAAAUCACUGUCUUCAUCCCACAUUUCAUUUUAUUUUCUUAAUAAGUACGUUCAUAAGCUGCACAAACUUGACUGGUCUCAAGCAUAUUUUUUUUUUCGUAAGGCACCUCCAUCCGGUUGCUGCGCGUCAAACAUAACUGUGGAACAAAACCUCUGUAUGUCAGAAUCGGCGUCCAGAUUUGAGUUCUUCUCGAGAUCAGUAUCAAUGUGCUUCUCGAAACCUGACAUCAAGUUCCCUUCGGAAAUGACCCAUAUACUAGAUAUGGGAAAGGCCAUCGUUUAAAUAGCAACGUUCUGACAUUUUGUUCAAACUCUCCCCCUGCUCCGACCUCCUACACCAUCCCGGCCCAUCGGGACACUGACUUUCGUGACUGCGGUCCCCUAGGUGGGGUGAGUUUGGGACCCCUGCUUUAGCUGAAGGGUUUUAUGCCACUGAUAUUGUACCGAGGCGUGGUACGGUUUGCGCAGGAAAAAGCCUUCCGGGAACGAAUUCCCGUAGCAGUUGUACACGCAGACGAUGAUGAGUGUGAGCUUAUACAACUGCUGCGAAAUGCGCAAUACGGCGUGAGACAAGGUCAUGCUAAGAUUGUUCAGGGUAAUGGUGAUGCUAUAGGCUCUUUAGACACCCUAUUUGUCAAAAGCUUUUCGUGUUCUGGCAGGACAGAGAUGCAAGGAAAAGCGGAGAGGUUAACCAGGUGCAUGUCCCGUUUGCUGUCCUACACCAGCAUAAAAUGAUAAUGAGGUGACAAGAGGGAGAAGGAUAGAGAGGGGGUAUGGAGAAAGGUCGUGGGUACGUCUUCAUUGCUUUGUUUGUUCUUGAAAUUGUUUCUUUGCAGUGUUACCGCGAGGAGUGGGUGGGGGGAGUAAAGUUAUUUUGAACCAUUUAAGUGCAUGGUUAAAUUGUGCAACAUCUUGAUCGGCAAAUCUUCAGCGCAUAGCUGAAAUAGAAUAUACUCUAAAAGCUUUGCCUCAGGCCUUCUUCAUAGGCACAUUUAUAAUGGGUACAUUAUUUCAUUUUUGUUUCUGCUCUACACAGUUAGUUUCCACUGAGGUUCUGAGAAAAGCUGAUUGUGUUUGUGCUAAAUGAGGGUAAUGAUUACGGUGUAACCAAGCUGAAGUAAGGAAUUAGUUCCAGGAACGCCUUUGUUUCCCUUAUGACAAUUGAGUAACAUGCACGUCACAAAGACGCGCAAAUGAAAACACUGAAAGCUCAUUCACACUUACGACUAGCAGUGGUCGCAAGGCGGCUGGUCGCCAAUGGCCGCUUUGGUCGAAAAGCUGGAUUUUUUUGAUGGCACGUCUGCAGUCGCAAACCUCUGAACCAAUCAGAUGCUCAUGAAAAGGACGUCAGCCUAUUUUAACGCGAUAGCCAGAAAGAGCUCGUUUUGCAGGAAUUCCAGUGUCUCGGCGUCGGCGUCUAUGGUUGUCAGCGAAAAACCAGUGUUGUUCGGGAGAAAAUUCGAGGUAGAUGCAAAUAAAGAAAAACAAAAAAAAUAUUCGGUUCGAGUACGAUCGGAGAUUCGAACCUGCUACCCCCCGCUCCGUGGCGCCAUGCUUUAGCUGCUCGCCCACCACACAUACAUCUUCUAGCGUACUAACGGCAAGCAUUUAUAUACACCAUUUAGCGUUAGUGGUACGCAGAUCUCGGAGGUUCUUCAGCGACUUGACAAAAAAACCCGAGAGAUGGCGCAAAGGGCCCACGGCCGCGCUUUCCGCGUUCUGUCGCGAUGUAUGUGUGCAUAUAGGAGCCGACGCGCGUCCGCACUUUGGCUUUCCUUACGGCACGGUUUAGGUGUCGACCGAGAAGCGAAGGCAUGCUUAGCGAUUGAGAAGGCGAUACGAACACGGUCCGAUUACGCUAUCGCGUUCAACUCUUGAAAGCGAAACUUAAAGGGACACUAAAGAGAAACAAUGAAUUGGUUUAGAUUGGUAAAGUGUGCUCGGAGAACUCUUGUUUAGUUUAUUUCACCACCAUAGGUUUAUUUUUAGAGGAGAAAACAAAGUUCAAAGUUUAAUUUUUAAAUUUCGCGCCGAACUUUGUAAUUCGUGACGUAAAAGAUUUCAAAGAACAUUUAACGUAUUUUGGCGCCACUGGUUUGACGAAAUUUCCACAAACUCGUUAUGUCAAGUUUCUGGGCCCCUCAGAGGACAAUGUACUUCGAUUUAACCGAUUAGGAACUACCUAGGCCCAAGCAGGUGCCGUCAAAAAUAUGUGACGUCAUGGCAAAUGGUGCGGGAAUUCCAAGGUGGCGUCGCCACCUGUAUUUUCUUUUUGCGCGUUUUCUCGCUUAUUAAGCGUCUUCUCACAGCAAGCGUGGUAAUUUUGGUAUUGCGGAAGACUACUUUACUAAUGCGAGAAAAAUCGUUUUGCUCUUUAGUGUCCCUUUAAGCGUCCUCCAAGUUUUUACGAUUCCCCCCUUUAUGCCGGAUUGUCAAUAAAGUUGUUUCACUCACUCACUCACGAGGCAAUAGUGGUGUAUCGUCCUAGCUGGUGUGAACACCAGUCGCCUUGAGUCGGUUUGUUCACCUGUCGCCAUAGGCGUGCGCAGGGUCCUCCGUUAGGGGGGGGGGGGAGUCAAGUUCUACUGCACCGCCCCCCUCCGUCGGUCGAGUCCCAAAGAAAACAAGCUUCCCAAUGGUUGCAAAUAUUAAGAUUAAUCGAUUACGUACAUCUCCCAACGGCCUGCCUUUGCUCACCGGCUUUCCAGGAGUAAAUGUGAGAAGUUCUUGGAAUGCAACAUCUGGAGCCCUCUGCUACCAUUAUCGUCAAAAGCCUGCGUCGCCAUGACCGUGCACAUCAAACAAUGACACAACAGAUCCGAGAGAGUAAAAACAUUUAGUAAAGGUAGUUCCGGCAGACUUUGCGCCCCCUUGAGAUGAUUAAGGGAGGGGCCGCCCCUUGCGCGCACACCUAUGCCUGUCGCAAAUGGUGGCGCGACCGGUGCUAGUCGCAAGUGUGAACGAGCCUGAAGCGGUUCGCGGACAAAAUAUUUAAAACACCGUAUUUUCUCUACUCCGUCCGCGUGCCAAUCGCACCACGAGCUUUCGAUGGUGAUCGUGAUUGCGCGGCAGUUUUCAAGCUACGAAGUGCCUGAAAGUUAAGUACCUGUCCCGCAGUCCACCUGCGUGCACGAAAAAAAAAAAGCGUGACACAAAAAGAAAAAUACUCCUCCUCAACGGGUUUCAGUACUUACAUACACAUUUACAUUUUAGAAAAAUUCAUUGUGCCACUACUGCCACAUCACGUGUUAAAUGACCAUCCUGAUGUUCCUUAAGUAUAAUCUAGUCGUUUCACAUAAGUCUUUCACCGGACCAAAAGUCAACCUCACAACACAAUGACACAAACCGAGGACACAACAGUGCCUUCUUGGUAUAACACCGUCCAUUGUACACCGUCCAAGGUAGAACAUGCCGUGAUGUAAAUAUUUUAUUAUGCACUGUAAAUACAGCAAUAAAAUUUUUCUCCAAUUUUGA